AUGAAAUUCUCCAUUCUUUACGUACAGCUUGCAUGGCUGACAGCCGCGGCAACCGCUGCACCGCAAGGAGGCGGCGGAGAUGCAUCCGACAACGGCGUUUCAUGCAAAGCUUUCAAGCAUUGGGACUGCGCAAAUCCUCCACGCGUCGAUGAAGUUGAACUCCUUGACCUAGGAGAUCUGAGCCUUGAGGAUGCACCAGCGAGAAGACUACGUCUCAGGGACGUCGACUUCUCCGACGUAGACGAAAAGACUGGAUUCAAUGUCACAGAGUUGAUGAGAAGAGAGAGUGCCAUCGAAACAGACGACAAAACUCUUCAUUCGAAGAUCUUGAGGUUACUCUUAGACCCUGAGGUUGUCGGCGACAAAUCGGAGGUUGCGAACUUGUACUACAAACGACAAGCCGACGACGGGGACAGCGGCGACGAUAGUGACAACGAUAACAAGUUUGACGCGAAUAAACCCGAUAAAGUCUUUGCCGACAACAGCGCUGGCCCCGGGAGUGCACAUACUUACAAUAUGUGUACUCCUAAGAUGUCCUACAGAGUGCAGGGAUACGAAGGUACCACGGACCUUUACGAUCUGGAAAACUGGGGUGACUGUAAAAACUUCAACAUCGUGUACAAGAAAAAUACGAUGAACAACAGGAAUGGCCUACGAACAUACAUUCGGGAGCAUAUCUUGGAGAAGCAAAUGCUCCAGAUUUUUAUUAACCAGAAGUUCAAGGGCCAAAAGGGAAGCCCCGUGCCUUCUUAUGAUACGAAUGUCAUUAAAACCCAUUGCCACUAUCUCCAGCGCUUCUGGGAGGGCAAAGGUAAAUUAAGUCAAGUUGGAGAGAAAAAGGAUAAGGCUUGGGAUGCUGUAGCCAGAGCGUGGCCCUACAGAGAAAAUAAGGAUCAUUCCAGCGAUGUUAACGACAUUGUCUGGUUAGAGGAAGAGCUCAAUGGUUAUAAGGAAAGGCAGGCAUUCGAUAGUUCCAAAUCCUUAAGAUCCGACAAGAAGAUGAAAAGUUCUUUGCAAGACAUCCACGAAGCAAAACAUGCAGCGACUGCGUUGAGAAUGACUAUUCUGGUCGGCAAAUACAUGGACAACGAUGGCAUCAGCGCCAUUUACAAGGCUCAAGCGCAGAGAGUUGCGGUUAAGUUCAACGAAGUCGAAGAUGCUUUGGUCGUGAAUUGGCAGGGUUCGGGAACGGAGUAUGAGCGGCUUGAUCUGUCCGGAAAAUGGCUGCAAUUUAUGAAAGAAUGGACGGACAGAACAAACAAAAAGCUGGAAGACUUUCUCCUCAAAUAUCUGCCGAGGGCUAAGCAGCUGAUCAAAGAGGCAGAUGACAAGGCUGCAGAGCUGAAGAAGGAGAAGAAGGAGCUCCCGAAAGAUGACAAGGAUCUACUGGAUACGCUGAGGGCUACAGUGGAGGAGAUCGAGCGGACAACAGGCCCCAACAAGCCAAAAGCUUUAUUCAAGAAUCCCUUCUAG